AUGGUGGGAAAUGUUUUAGCCAUUACUCUGUUUUGCUGGGAUCUUAAUCUCCACAGUCCCAUGUACAUGCUCUUGUGUAAUAUGUCUACCUUGGAUAUUUAUUUCACCACGAUGAUUCUACCCAAGUUGUUGGACAUCUGCCUAACUGGGAACAAGGCCAUAUCCUACAGGGGCUGCAUCACUCAAGUAUUCUUUUUCGUAGUGCUGAUAGUGACAGAAUACUUUAUUUUGGCUGCUAUGGCUUACGAUCGCUACGUGGCAAUUUGUCUUCCUUUACGCUAUUCGUAUUAUAUGAGCCUAAGAGUGUGCUCCUGGAUGGUGUGUUCAUCUUGGAGUGUAGGCGCCCUGGAGGGAGUUCUCUACGUUGCCUUAAUAUCAUCUUGUAAAUUUUGUGGGUCAAAUGAGAUGAAUCAUUUAUUCUGCGAUCUUAAGCCCCUCAUUAAGCUCUCUUGCAGCGAUACACACACCAUAGAGACGGUGAUACUCGGACUGGGGUCUAUUGUUGGUUUUGUACCCUCGGUGAUGACACUUUUGUCCUAUGUGUUUAUUAUCUCGGCAAUUCUGAACAUUCCCUCUAAAGAAGGAAGAAACAAAGCCUUCUCCACCUGCUCAUCACAUCUUACAGUCAUCGUUUUGUUCUACGGGACAAUCCUUGGCAUGUACAUGAGGACAAAGUCCAGCUAUUCCAUGGACCAGGACAAAGUAUUUGCCGUACUCUAUGCCGCAGCCAUCCCAAUGCUCAAUCCCUCAUUUACAGCUUAA